AUGAAUAUCUUGUUUCCUGACUGCUCGGUCAUAGAAUAUCUUGUGUUUCCUGGUUACUCGGUCAACGAAUAUCAUGUUUCCUGGUUGCUUGCUUAUUUUUGCAUCUUUUGUUCUUUUUCUUUCUUUUUCAAUCUAAAUUUACUUUUACACUUCUUUCUUUCUUUUUCAAAAUUUCCAUUUUCAUUUUUCUCUUUCCCUUGUUUCCAGCAUGAAAUUUUCUUUUGUUCCUUUUUCAAACUUUCAUUUUUUUUAUUGUUUGUUUGUUUGGUUGAUGGUUUCGUUGGUUCGUUGCUUCUUUCUUUCUUUCUUAAAUUUAUUUAUUUCCUUCUAAAUUUACUUACAUACUUCUUCACAUAUUUCCCUCUUUCCAUUUUUCUUUUCAAAUUUCCUUUUUAUUUCUUUACACCUUCGUUAACUCUUUUCAACUUACAAUGUUACCUCUUUCUUUCUUUCUUUUUUCUUUCUUUCUUUCUUUCUUUUUCUUGUAAAUUUCUAUUAUUUCAUAUUUCUUUUUUUCUAUUCUUUUUUCCAUUUUUCAUUCAUUCAUUUUUUUUUCUUUCUUUCCAUCUUUCUUUUCAACUUUUCAUUUUAUUUUUUUACAUCUUCGUUAAUUCUUUUAACUUACGAUUUUCUUUCUUUCUUUCUUUUUUCUUUCUCUCUUUCUUUCUUUUUUCUUUCUUUCUAAAUUAA